AGAAGUAACUUCCGGUUUACACCCUUCUGAGUCGAAGCUUGCGAAGCUAAAUGUCAAUAUUUUAAUCAAUAAUACCGUAAAUUAGUCAUAACAAUGUCUAAAUCUGUCAAAAAACAGGUCGAUGAUGCAAGAGACAACAAGCAUCAGGACCUAGAUUUGUCGGACAAGAGCAUUUCAAAACUGCACGACAUUCCAGAGCUGUUUUCUCUAAGUAACCUUGUGAGGCUGACUUUGAGUCACAAUAAGAUCGAUGUUGUCCCACCACAUUUAGUAGAGCUGACAAGUCUGGAAGUACUCAAUCUGUUCAACAACCACAUAGAGGAGCUUCCUACAAACAUCAGCUCAAUGCAAAAUCUCAAAAUUCUAAAUGUUGGCAUGAACAGACUGUACAGCUUGCCAAGAGGAUUCGGAUCAUUUCCCAAAUUAGAAAUAUUGGAUCUCACAUACAACAACCUCAAUGAGAAUAGCUUGCCUGGAAAUUUCUUCUUAUUGGACACACUGAGGGCUCUAUAUUUGAGCGACAAUGACUUUGAAUUACUUCCUGAAGAAAUUGGUCAACUCACUAAGUUGGAAGUGUUGGGUGUAAGAGACAAUGACCUCAUCGCUCUCCCUAAAGCCAUUGGACAGCUUGUGAAGCUCAAGGAGCUUCAUAUUCAAGGCAACAGAAUCACAGUUCUGCCCCCAGAGCUCGGUAAACUUGAUCUGUACACUGGUAGGAACAUCAUGAAAGCAGAGCACAAUCCUUGGGUACCACCAAUUGCUGACCAGUUCCAAGUGGGCGCGUCGCAUGUCUUUGAUUACAUCAGAUCAGAAACAUACAAGUAUUUGUACGGCAGACAUGUUCAAGCAGGAGCAGCACCUCCUCCUAAGACCAACGCCAAGGCUAAGAAGAUCAGCAGGAGGGAGAUCUAUGGCAAGAAGUGAAAAUUGAUGGAACAUCUCAUUAUAGAACAAUAUAAUACAGGCCAGUAGGUUCCCCCUUGGUCUAAACCCCCCUUUUAUAAUGUCGGAAUAAAACACCAACUCAUCUAUGAUCAUACAAUGUAAACAUGGAGCUGGAAGCCGGCGGCUGCUUACAGUCUUGCAGAUCACUUGGUAUUAGACACUAGCUAGUUUUUCGCAAGCGGCGACGUGGCCUUCUACAACGCCAAUCUUAGCCGGUGGUCGCACUCAGAGCGAAAAUUUUCACGUAGCGUCCAAACCUAUGACGGUAUUCAGCCAUAUUAGCGUCGGGAGUACAGGGUGGAGAGCUCAUUUAAAUACCCCAUAGUCAGCACUUGCGUCACCGUAAGAAAUCUUGCUAAUGGUGCUUGGGUGGCAGGGGUCCUGUGAGUGCAAAUGCAUCCUUCAGUAUCCCUACUUUAAAAGUCUCUCCUGGGUUCCUGGAUGCAAUGAUCUUCUUGUCUAAUAGUAAAUUUGUCCAAUACCGGUAGUAAAUUUGUCCAACAGUAAAAAAGGGUAAUGACUUGAUGUCUACAGGUAAUCAAAUUGUGUAAUACCGGGUAGCCAUUUCUGUAUAUAUUACUGACAAAAUGUUAGGUACCCACUUCUUCUCGUAACCACUGUGCAUGAUUGAACAAGGUGGUAGUAGACAACAUGAGGAUUACUGGUUAUGACAGACAAUGGUUAUUCAAGGUAAUGGAUUAUUAUUUAACAAAUUGAAUUAGAUGAGAUAAGUUAAAUAAAUAGAUAAAUCAGUCAAAAGACCAAUAAGUUACAUACAGGCAUGACUAUGGUUGACAUAUAUUUCAAAAUAUCAUCAAUGAUGUCAUUUGUUUGAGAGAGGACAUUUUUUGCAAAGCAACUGAGAUAGUAUGACAUUUCUUAAGCAGUAAGGUGAAAAGUGCCAAAAAGAAAGGAGAGAUAGAUGUCAACCCUAUGCAAAAUCCUGGAUAGGCUUUUGUGCAUUCUUUACACAUUUUGUCUUGCUAAUUUCCCUCCUCCCCCCCCCCUCUCUCUUUCUCUUUCUCUCUCUCUUCCUCACUCUCCCUCUAUCUCUGUCUCUCUUUCUAUCUCUUUCCCAGUUUGUAUCUAUUUUUUCCUGUAAAUCAAGUAUCACAAUCUAUAUUCUCAUCUUAGAAAUGAUGUAUGUUUACCCUCAUAAUAUUUAUUUGCAUCAAACUUUGAGUGAUUUUCCCCUUUUAUACCACCAUCUUCUGUGUCAGUAACUUGCCUAGUGACAUGUAAUCAUGUCUUUCUUUUAUUAUUCUCUAGAUGUAUUGAUUGAAAGAUUUUUGUUUUGAAUGAUAAUUGUACCUUAUAAUAUUAAAGUAUUCUCAUUUAGAUAGAAAUAGAAGGAACUUCUAGGAAGAAAAAAGUUACUUUACAUGUUAUUGUAGAUCAAGCUUCAUGUUGAUUUAUUUUUCCUCUUCUUUCUCAUCUAAUCUUUAUAUUAAGGUACAUGUUAGUGGUUCUUCAGAUUACAAUAAAAAAAUAUAUAUGUAUUUUAUUUUUAUCAAAAUGGAGUGUGUUGUGCUUCCUUUGCUAUUUAUAUAGCAGAUGAAUCAGGAUUUGAGUUAACACUUGAUGAUUAAAGUCUUAAUGCUUGACUAUUUGUUGAAUAAUCAUUGGUUUUACUUAUGUAUUUUGUUGAUUCAAAAUAGUUUUGACAAACUAAAGUUGCACGGCACACCAUACUGCCAAUUAUUAUAUUUUACAGAUAAUUGAAUAAUGUGCAAGCAUAAUGUUAAAUACAAUCUAUCAUUAGCUUCUAUGUACGAGUUACAUACUAAAGAGUAAAAUUAAAGUAUUGGAAUAAAAAUGUUACAUACAUUUUGAGUUUGAUCGACAGAGCAUUCACCUACUGUCACAUUACAAAUAUGAUAUUUUGUGCUUUGUUUUCUUUAAAGUCAACAAUGUGUUUGUAUGGGCAUUUUAGUACAGAGAAGGAAAUUUGUCUCUAACAAUGUCACACUGUAUCUUGUAUUGCGCUGAGAUGAGAAGAACAACAUACCAUUCUAUUAUGAUAGAAAUGGUAAUGUUCAUUUAGUUGGCUUCCCGAUUUUGAAUUUCUACCAGUUCAAUUUGUUUACAUUCAAGUUAGAGUUCAUUUAAUAUAUGAUCAUAAGUUGUUAAAUUACAAUGGAGAAGAUUAAUUAGCUUUUAUUUUUUUUUCUUUCCUAAAAGCUGUUUGUAAAUAUUUGUAGAAUCCUAACUUAAAUUAUUGUGUUUGUUAGCUGUAAAAUUAUAGCAAUAUUUACUGUUUGCCUGUCUUUUUGCAUGCCCUAUUGUGUAUUUAGAAGUUUGUUUCAUUGAAAUGAUGUAAACUAUAUUCUUUAGUGAAUACAACAAAUCUCAUAUCAGGUCAUCAGUAUUACAGAAUGUGUAAAUCAAUUUAAUUUAAAUUGAUACAAAUCUAAGGGGGAUACAAUUGAUUUUGAAGAGCUGAAUUCUACAUGAAAAAAAAAGGAUUUGUCAAAUAUACAUUUGUUAAUGUUACAGCUAAGCUCAUAAUUUGCAACCCAAACACUGCUGCAGUAUGUGGUUGAAACUUAACUCCCAAAUAUGAUGCAGAGACUUUGCUUAGAGAAAUCUGAUAGUGAGAAAUUUUGCUUUUUAUAAAAGAUUAUGAGCAUGAUCAGGAACCUCACAUUACAUGGGUAAUUUUGUUAAGGUGUCUAGUUUUUGUAAGUAUUGCUUUAACUUCUUGCGAUUAAUAUUUAUGUAGCAUGAACAAGUGAAGGACAUUUUUGUAAAUUUAUUCUUCAAAUAAUUUUGCAUGGGGCAUAAUUUUUUUUAAAGAUGACACAGAAAAUCUGGAGUGUGAGGUAUAUCUUGAAUUCAGUAAAUACAUAAGUUGCCUACAUGUCAAGAUCUAUUUCUAUGGUGCUAUUUUGUGAAUUUAAUUAAUUAGUCAUCUCAUCUGAAUAAUUUUGACACAAGAGUGUGGUUUUGAAAGCAGGUUGCAGGGAAAUGUUUGGUAUUCAUUGGGCUAUAUGCCCCCUAACACAUAUUUUGAUUGCAAUUAUCUGAAAAAAAUUAUCUGUCACAUUUGUUGAUUUUUUAAAAUCGAUGUAAUAAUGUCCCAUAUGGAACUAACCUACCGGUAUCUCCUUAAAUAGAGUUUUUUUUCAUUGGAGAAAGUUUGGAACAAUUUUAUAACAUAGUAAAUAUCAAUUUUUGUAAUACAGCUGGUUUAAAAUGAACCUAUAUCCUUGACUUCUGCUAGACAUGAGAUGAUGAGUGGCAAUUAUAUGUACAUGCUACGUUGACAUAUUUGAACCAUCUUGUACUUUUAUAUAAUUGUACCAAAUGGCAACCUUAUUAUUCUCCAAUAUUCUAAGAGAGAUAUAAUGUAGCUAUAUGCAAUUAAUCUGUUUAUUGAGGUCUUAUAAAGCAUGCCAGUGAAUUUUUUCUGAAUUGGAAAGCAAUAGAAAAAUAGGUAGAAAGUCUAGAAUGUCUUAAAAAUACACUUUCAUGUAUUUCCAAUCUAAACCUACAGCCAGACUAAUGCCUACACAUAUCUGCUUAUAAUUAUGUAUACUAUUCUCAUUGAUCUAGGACUAUAAAUUAUGUGAGCAUGCUUUCUAAUAUUUGACUUAUUUUGUAGCAAUCAAAUAAAUUUUCUAGUCACUUUUGUGUAAUA